AUGUCUGCCGUCGACGCACUUGCUGACUCCGUGGCUGCGACCAGCCUCACCGAUAAGCCCGAAACCAACGGCGUAACAUCAUCCCAGGCUACCGAUGCUGCGGCUGCCAGCGCGGAUGAGGGUCGCCGCCUGUACAUCGGGAAUCUCGCAUACGCGACCACAGAGGAGGAGCUCAAGGAGUUCUUCAAGUCCUACACCAUCGAGACCACCUCGAUCCCGGUGAACCCCCGCACCAACCGCCCCGUUGGUUACGCGUUUGUGGACAUUGCCACUGCCGCUGAAGCUUCUGCCGCUAUUGAGGCUCUUUCCGGCAAGGAGAUCCUUCAGCGCAAGGUCUCCGUGCAGCUUGCCCGCAAGCCCGAGCCCGCUGAGGCCAAGGAAGGCGCUGCCAGCGGCGGCGAGGGUGCCAGCGGCGCUGAAGGCCGCAAGCGUACUGGUGGUCGUGGCCGUGGCCGUGGCCGCGCCCGCGGUCGUGGUGGUCGCACUGGCCGUAGCCGUACUAUGCUGACUUUGGAAAAGGCCCAGGAAGGUCAAGAACCUACCGAGGCCCCUGCCACCGAGACUCCUCUCGCUGAAACCACCAACGACAAGGAUGCUGGGUCUGAGGCCGAUAAGGCCCGUGCUGCCCGUCCUCAGAAGCAGCGUGGUCCUCCCGAGGAUGGAAUCCCGUCCAAGACUAAGGUCAUGGUUGCUAACCUGCCGUACGACCUGACCGAGGACAAGCUCAAGGAGAUCUUUGCCGCCUACGAGCCAGUUUCUGCUAAGGUUGCCCUCCGCCCCAUUCCCCGCUUCAUGAUCAAGAAGCUGCAAGCCCGCAAUGAGCGCCGCAAGACUCGUGGUUUCGGAUUCGUCAACCUCGCCUCUGAGGAGCUGCAGACCAAGGCUGUUACUGAGAUGAACGGCAAGGAUAUCGAUGGUCGCGUUAUCGCCGUCAAGGUUGCUAUUGACAGCCCCGGCAAGGAGGAUGAGGAUAUUAAUGCCCCCACUGACGAACCGGUCGCCGCACCUGCUGCCCAAGAGAAUGCCACUCCUGCCGCAUCUGCCGUGACCACCGAGGCUUAA